AAAGAUUAAAUACACACAGAUAUGGAUAAAUUAAGCUUUCGAAAAAAAUAGAGCGUGAUAUAUAAUUUAAAAUAUAAUUUAAAAAAGCAGAAAGAGAGCUUAUCAGGAGAUGGUGGGUGUUUUGAAUGAUUCCGAUAGCGAGGAUGAGCUACCGCCAGGGUGGGAGGAGAGGACAACGUUGGACGGGAAUGUUUAUUAUGUCAAUCAUUACACGAAAGGUACGCAAUGGACGCAUCCUAGAACCGGUCGUAAGAAGAUUGUCGACGGAGAGUUACCAGCUGGAUGGGAGAGAUGUAUAUCAGAUGAUGGUAAAGUGCUAUUUGUUGACCAUACAAACCGUACAACAACUUACACCGAUCCACGACUAGCAUUUGCUACUGAGUAUAGAGAGAUGUCUCAACCAAUGCGACAGAGAUUUGAUGGAAGUAGCACUGCUCUGGCAGUGUUGCAUGGCCGAGAUCUACGUAACAAAGUCGCUCUUGUUACAGGAGCCAAUAUAGGCAUUGGAUAUGAAACAGCCAGAUCAUUAGCUUUACAUGGCUGCGAUGUGAUAUUAGCCUGUAGGGAUAUAGAAAAGGCUAAUGAAGCUAUAAGACGCAUUCAACAAGAAAAGGAGACUGCAAAUUGUGUGGCUUUAGAAAUGGACUUAUCGUCACUGCGUAGCGUGCGAGAGGCUUUUGAGCAGUUCAAGCAGAAAUUCAAAUCUCUACAUAUUCUCAUAUUAAACGCCGGUGUGUUUGGAUUACCUUAUCAAUUGACAAAGGAUGGUUAUGAAACGACGUUUCAAGUUAAUCACCUGUCGCAGUUUUAUCUAACACUCUUGUUGGAGCAUAUUAUACAGCAUUCCAACAAUCCUAGGAUCGUAAUAGUAUCCAGUGAAUCUCACCGAUUUUCAAUGAUAUGUACUCCAGAAGAUAUUCACCAGUCAACUUUGUCUCCACCAGCGUACAAAUACUGGCAGAUGGCAGCGUACAACGAUUCAAAGCUCUGUAAUCUUCUAUUUGCGCAAGAACUGGCACGAAAGUGGCCCUCUGUAAGCGUAUUUGCUUGCCAUCCUGGUAACUUGGUGUCUACGUCCUUACCGCGUCAGUGGUGGCUAUAUCGAUUGUUGUUCGCCUUAGUACGGCCAUUCACAAAAUCAGUGCAACAAGCAGCGAGUACAGUAGUAUUCUGUGCUACAGCGCCCGAGCUAGAGGGUGUGACAGGAGGCUAUUUCAACAACUGUUAUCGUUGCCAACCAUCGAAUCCGGCAUUAAAUCUCACAUUAGCCGCGCGAUUAUGGACUCUCAGUCAGGACAUAAUAACAGAUGUUUUAAAAACAAAUGGAGAUAAUCAUAAAGAUGAAUAAGAGAGAAAUUUAUCUUAAUAAUAACAUAUACACAGACAGCCACAAUUUGCCAGCCAUUAGCAAGUGAAAUGGGAAAGAAUGUUUUUAAUCAUGUUAUAAUUAUACAAUAUUGUACACAUUUGCAUGAAAAAUUAAUAUUAAUAAUUAAUAAUUAAUAUUAAUUAAUAUUAAUUAAAAAUAAUUAAUAUUAAUUAAAAACAAAGAUUUUUAUAUUAAUAUUAAUAAUAAUAAUAUAAAAAUGUGCGUAAAUAGAUGCAAUCAAACCAUUUUAAUUUUAAAAGUGGGAUCAAGUAAUAAAUUGUGUGAAUUGU